CCCGCGGCGCUGGUUGUUCGAUAUAAUAUCCAAGUGGCGGCUGGUGAUGCUAAUCCUUCUCGGUGAUAAUUUUGAGACGCUCCAGCAGACAACCUUUCCUCACCAUGCAUCUUGGGUGUCAUUUGCCAGCCUCUCCUCGCAACGUCCUGCUCGCGACGGCUUGGUAUGCUGCUCUUUUUUCUUUUUCCCUUUCCAUCCACCCCCCUCCGAGGAGCAAAUCAACUUCAUUUGCAGAAAUGCUUGAGAACAUUCCUCACUGUAGGAGAAAGUGCCAAAUGCCGUUAGAGGGGGGAAGAUCUAUCGUCCGCCCGCUAAGUCAACCAUUUGCGUGCACGAUUCUCGGAGGGAGUUCUUGGUUGGUAUCUAGAUCGGCAAGUCUAAGGGGAGAGAGGUUAGACCCCAAGUCCGUUGAGGCCGACAGGAAUCUGUUUAGCUGGCCUGCCCGCCUGUACAUAUGUCCAUACACACUUAAGAAUGCGCAUAGGGGCGCACGCCCGCACACGCCGACAACAUAGGUAUACCUACAUACACUUGUAUGUACACGUAUACAAUACCCACACCCUUGGAUGUGUUCCUCCCC